GCGCAUUCAGCGCGAAUGCAAUAAAUAAUCGGCAUACAGUGGUGUUAUUUGUUCUGCAUAAUGAAAUGAAUUACGUCUUGUGAUUACUAAAGUGCAGAGAUAAUUUGUGCAUACCGUGUGUUAGAAAAAAGUUAAACCAAUUCGGUUGCGGAAGUAAUUAGUGUCUCGUCGACAGUACUGGGUUUGACAACUCAAUUAGAUUCUUUUGUUAACCUUAUGAUGCAAUCUGAAAUCUUUGUUACUCAAAAUUACAUCAAAGAGCAAUAUAUGAGCAAUAACAAAAUACUUAAAUACCUGUGUUCACAUUAUAUACAUAGAUGUAUAGCUAUAUAAUAUUCAUGUAUUGUAAACAAAAGUGAAGAAAAUCAAUUUUAUCCACCACAACGCGGGUAGCGCAGGAGACGCGGAAGUGAGUGUGAGUGUCUUAAAGAGAACGCUCACCGCUAAGCAUUGCUGAUCGUGCCAAUGUUUCAAUAAAACACUAAUUCUUGUUGAAAGUUACCACUUCCAAACGUACACAUACAAAUAUGUACGUGUACAAACUGCGAAGAUAAAUAAAAAAUAUUUAAAUAAAAUUAUAAUGCAAAAACCGGAAAUUUAUUGAAGUGAAAACACAAAGUUAACACUUUGCUAUAGUCACAAUUUAAAUUCUCAUAAAUAAAGUAUUUAUUUGUUACAACUAAAUAUUGAUAUAAUCAAAACUAAUAAAAAGUAUUGUCGCUCAAACAUAAAAAAUCGGAUAGCGAACGCGCAAUCAAGCUUAGUUAGCAUCUGGAAGAACACCGCCCACCGUACAGGAAAACAAUACAAACAAAUACACAUAGCACAACACGUUAAGUGCAAGCGUCAGCAGUUUUGAGACUGCAACUUACACUAAGAUACUAAGUACAAAGAAUGUCAAUGAAAUUGCCACAGUGAACUCAUUAAUACUAAGCGUUCGUGUCGAAUUCAUUGCUGUCAUCCUCAACGAUUAUCUAUCACUCAGACAAACGUCAAAUAUUGGCUGCCACGCCCAUUGCCCAUUGACGAAUAGUACAACCCCUUAGUGCUCCGUUUGUCCAGCAUCUCACUGAUCAGCAAAUAUGGAUUUUGAUCAGAUACUCGCGCGUUGUGGCGAUUUCAGCCGUUAUCAGUUUUUGUUGUUGACAUUGUUCGGUGUGAUUAACUUCAUUGUCUCAUUACAUUAUUUUACCCAAACUGUGAUAAGUUUUGUGCCCGAUCAUUGGUGCUACCAUGAGAAAUUAGUGAAUAAGUCAUUCGAUGAGAUUGCGGAGAUUUAUGCGAGAUUUCCGAAUCCAUCUUGUACGCGCCUGCUGGACAUCGAUGGUGCGAAUGUAACGGUGAGCCCGGAGAGUUGUACGCGUUGGAUCUAUAAAUACGAUUAUGGUUAUCGGAGCAUGAACACAGAGCUAAACUGGGUCUGUGAUUCGGCGUAUAAAGCGCGCAUUGGACAAUCGUUAUUUUUUAUUGGUUCCGUUGUGGGAACCCUCUUUUAUGGUCUGCUUUCGGAUAAGAUUGGGCGUUUGCCUGCUCUGAUACUUUCGAAUUUUUCGGGCUUUAUUGGCGACUUUUCGACGAUAUUCUCUCAAAGUGUCACAACAUUUUCUCUCUGUCGAUUCAUAUCGGGCAUGGCGGCAGACACGAACUUUUAUCUUAUGUAUAUUAUUGUACUUGAAUACAUCCGUCCAUCUAUGCGUACACUUGGUCUCAAUUUGGCUGUCGGCGUCUUCUACACAAUUGGUUUAGUCUUUACACCAUGGUUGGCCGUACUUGUGGGCCAUUGGCAACUUUACUUGGCUUGUACCUCACUGCCAAUACUCUGCGUGGUUCUGUACUAUUUUGUGGUGCAGGAGAGCGCUCAAUGGUUGGUCACAAGAAACGAUGUGGACGGUGCUAUAAAGCGUUUGAAACGUGUUGCUCGCUUUAAUAAACGUAAAGUGACACCAUCGGAAUUUGAAGAGUUCCGUAAACAUUGCGAGAAGCAACGUCAGAAGAUGGGCGGCGAUGAUCAGGUGCACUCAACACUGCUGGAUAUGUUUAAAACGCCACGCAUGCGCAAACAUACGCUCAUUUUGUUUUUCAAAUCGAUGGUCAUCACGCUCUGUUACGAUGCGGUCUCGCGUAAUGUCGAGGGCAUGGGCAUCUCACCAUUCGUUAUGUUCUCUUUGAGCGCCAUUGCCGUACUGCCAUCAAGCAUAAUUGUGAUCUUGCUGCAAGAUCGUAUUGGACGCAAAGGCAUGGCGGCCGGCUCGCUACUCGUGGGCGGCUUAUUCACCUCGUUAGCUGGCAUAGCGAUCGCCUAUCAGCAACAUAAUCACAAUGCCGUGCUACUCGCAUGCCUAACCAUAGCGGCGCGUUUCGGUGUCGCGAUUUCAUACGAAUCCGGCUCACAAUACGCCACCGAGUUGAUACCGACAUGUGUGCGCGGUCAAGGUGUGGCAGCUGUGCAUGUAGCCGGUUUCGCAGCAUCGUUUUUGGCGCCCUACAUAUUGUGGUUGGGCACCUACUUCAAGGCAGCGCCAUCGAUCAUUUUGGGUGCACUGUUCUUUACAGGCUCCUUUGUGUGUCUGCUCCUGCCCGAGACGCUUAACAGAACACUUCCAAAGACCGUCGAAGAAGGUGAGGUCUUCGGCAAAGGCGAACGCAUGUUCGAUUUCCCUUGUCUCUCGAAGAAAGGCAAGCGUUCAUGCGACUCUGAAGAGGACGCAUACGAACGUAAACAAUCGUUAACCAAUUUCGAUCGUGGCAACGACUCAGCCGAUGAGAACCUCAACAGUGCGGCGUAAAUGUUUGCGAAUGCGAUCGAUCAUUAGCUUCCGCAGGUGCUAAGUGGCAGUAUAAGGGCAAAAACACAAAAAACGGUGAACAGUAAUAUUUUGCACAGAGGCGAUAGCACACAAAAUAUAAACGUUUUUUUAUUUCUUAAUUUUAUAGCAUAGUCUAUUUAGUAAAUGUUCUUAGUUCGUAAGUACAUACCAGUAAUCGCUUAGGUAUUAGGUGCUUAGUGAUGGAAGGGCUGUAGAAAUUUAGUAAAAAUUUCGUCGGAAGUGCUUAGGGAAACAAUGCGUGGAUAAAUCAGUUACAUAUAUGUAUAUUGUUUUUGGUAUAUAUGUAUGUAAAUGUGUUACUAAUUAAAAGCAUAUUUAUGUAUUAUAUAUGGAAAAUAAGCGUUAUGGUUAUAUAAGCCUGCACAAUAACAUUGUACUCGUACAUACGUAUAUGUACUUCAAACUCUUAGUAAUCACACUUAGCAUUGGCACAAUUUUACUUAAGCAGAGCUUUAAGCCAGUACUGAUGUCUAUGCAUAUUUACAACUUGAGAAUGGAGAUAUUAAAAUAUUUUUUGUAUAAAUCUUCUUACAUAUAUUGCAAAUCUAAUUAUUGAAUUUGAAAAGAAAAGCUGAAGUAUGAGUAUAUGAAGAAGAAUAUAGAUAAAUGUCGUCAAAUAUAUAUGAAAAACUGUAUAUGUAUAUAUGUAAAACAAUUUAAAGUAAAGAAACAUAUAUGCUUAUAUACCAAAAUACAUACAAGCACAUUUGAAACAAAAAACUAAAUCGAAGAAAGCACAUUUAAGAAUGAAAGUGGUGCCUCAAAUCAUUUUUUGUAAUAGCCGCAUUAAAAACCAUUUAAUCUAAUGUGUUUGAUUUGCUUUACAGCAUGGCGGUACUAACUUAUAUGAAUUUAUAAAUUUAUAAAAGAAAAUUCGAAAUAGUUUAAACAUAAUAUCUUCAGAGAUAAAGAUAUAUUUUCUUUAAUUUCAGUUAGUUUCUUAAGCCAUUUUAGUAUGUACAUUUAUAGAAAUUAAAUACUUGUAAGUCUUCUUUAGUAAAUCUAAAAUAUAUAUACAUACACAUUUACCCCUUUCCCUGCAAUUAGUAUACAUAUUUAGCAACAUAUAUAAUUAAUGUGUAAAUUAAUGUUUGUAAAAUAACUUUUUAAACAAAAACAAAAUAUAUAAAAGAGAAAAUCUCAAUAUAGUAUUGCAAGCGCAUUAACUUUUGUUAAACUGUCUUGUUUUCAUUCACAACGCAUGCGCGGCGUUUGCAUAAGCGGCAAAGGGCAAUGGAAAGGCAGCCAAAGCAACAAUUUAUAUACUCAACCAACUCAAAUAUUAUCAUUUUUCAACACAUGUCGUCAAUGGUAUUUUAUUUGUAAAUUGUAUUUAUGGAGUUAUAACAAUUCCCGCUAUUUGUUGAACACAACUCGUAUACUAUAUUCAAAGAAAACAAACAAAGUUAUGAAGUAUAAAAGCUUUGGAGCAUGCACUUACAUUUAAUUUAAUCAGUUAAUAUACAAUGUCACAGUUUUCAAAUUAAAAAUUUAAUUGAACUACACACGGCCAACAAAUUUUCGGCAUUAAUCAUAAAAAGUAAAAAAAAACACUAAAUCUCUAAAUCAAUAACGUUCCUUGGCGACUUCAUCAUUCUUCUUGUUUAACGUCUUAUCGAAACAUACAAAAUUAUACCAGCGCUGAUUGCGCGCAAAGUUCUCACCAUCCAGCAAGGUUUCCGGUAGUUGUCUAUGGUGAUAGCGAGUCAUGAGUAAAUGAUAGGCACAACAUUGCAGCUAAGAACAUUAAUAACGAUGUGCAGAUCGCUGGUAGGGGUUUGUAGAAAUAACCUAAAUAUAUCACAUAGGAAUGCAGACUGGUACAGGCGAAACCAGCAACAUGUAUAUUGGCCAUGCCACGCCCACGUACAGUGGUCGGCAGGAAUUCCGAAGUGUAUUGUGUAUCUGCCUCAUAGCUCACGACGACACCGUAACGUGCGAGACCCGUCAUAAUAGCGAA